GUCUAAAAAUAUACGCAGCAGCGGAAGAAAUGCAACUAACAAAGAAGGAGACACCAUAACCUCUCCUCCGGUCUGCUCACACCCAACAUAUUUCAAAAGCCACAGCUCACGAGUCUCCGAGAGCCUCAGGCCAUCAACAACGCUCGCCCGCUCACACAGAAACGAGGGACAAACACAGCGAAGCAGCAUUUCUGAUCUUCUCUUCUGUUUUUCGCGCUCUUCCUCCUCUUCUCCUUCUCUUGCUCCUCGUCUGCCGCAGCAGCUCCAGAAUUCUUGAUUUGUUUUCAUAUCUAAGACAAACCGUUUUCAGAAUCCAGACUCUCCCCUGCAUUUCUUUGCACAUAAAGUUAGACGAGAAUGUUCGCCCGAGAAUUUUUCUCCAUGGUCCCGGAAUUUGUUUUUUUUGGUGAAGCCGUAGGUGAAUUUAUUUCAUCAGCUAUAAUGAUUGGCAGCUGAAGGUUUGAGUUGCUUUUGUGUUCCAUACUAGCUUUAUGAGACAAGUAGAAAUGUCGAAUGAAGCGUUAUGGCAGCGGAAGGAAAAAAGUUGAUGACAAAUGAUAUGCUGGAUUCGCGACCUAUGAUAAGCGAUCUCAAUUUUAUUGCUGGAACAGGAGUUAAUAAGCUGAGAAAAACGGGGAAAUGGGUUCUAUGGUUGGGGAGGAGGCGGUGACAGGUGAAGAGGAGAGAAUUUUUGUUUCAGUUCGUAUUCGGCCUCUGAAUGAUAAGGAGCGCGCCAAAAAUGAUGUGCCAGAUUGGGAAUGCAUCAAUAGCACGACAGUCAUACACAGGAACAACAUUUCAGCUUCCGACCGGUCUCUGUACCCCACGGCGUAUACAUUCGAUAGAGUAUUUGGGACCGACUGCUCCACAAGGGAGGUGUACGAAGCAGCAGCUAAAGAAGUUGCUCUUUCAGUUGUCAGUGGCAUCAACUCAAGCAUUUUUGCAUAUGGACAAACAAGCAGCGGAAAGACAUACACCAUGAGUGGCAUAACUGAGUACACUGUAGCAGAUAUUUAUAAUUACAUCGAGAAGCACGAGGAACGAGAAUUUGUUUUGAAGUUCUCCGCAAUCGAGAUCUAUAAUGAAUCUGUAAGGGACCUCCUUAGUUUGGAUAGUACUCCACUCAGAUUACUUGAUGAUCCAGAGAGAGGGACUGUUGUUGAGAGACUCACAGAGGAAACCUUGAGGGACUGGAACCAUUUUAGUGAACUUAUUUCGUUCUGUGAAACUCAAAGGCAAAUAGGGGAGACGUCCUUGAAUCAAGCAAGCUCCAGAUCUCAUCAAAUUCUCAGACUGACAAUUGAAAGUUCUGCACGUGAGUUUAUAGGAAACGACAAAUCAAGCUCUCUUGCGGCUUCUGUGAAUUUUAUAGAUCUAGCAGGGAGCGAGCGUGCAUCCCAGACGUUAUCUGCUGGAACAAGGUUGAAGGAGGGGUGCCAUAUAAAUCGUAGUUUACUCACUCUUGGAACUGUUAUCCGCAAACUCAGCAAGGGGAGAAAUGGACAUGUUCCUUUCAGAGAUUCUAAGCUAACCCGCAUUCUGCAGUCCUCCUUAGGAGGCAAUGCUAGAACUGCAAUCAUCUGCACAAUGAGCCCUGCUCGUAGCCAUGUUGAACAAACGAGAAACACCCUUUUAUUUGCAAGUUGUGCCAAAGAAGUGUCGACUAAUGCACGGGUCAAUGUGGUGGUGUCUGAUAAAGCGUUGGUUAAGCAACUCCAAAAAGAAUUGGCUAGAUUGGAGAGUGAGUUGAGAAAUUCAGGAUCAGCCGGCCGUGCAUAUGAAUCUACUGCAUUAUUGAGAGAAAAAGAUCUUCAAAUUGAAAAGUUAAAGAAAGAGGUGGCAGAGCUAACUAUGCAACGGAACCUUGCUCAAUCGCAGAUCAAGGAUAUGCUUCAAGCGGCAGGGGACGAUGUGUCUUCGAUAGAAUUGGAAAGUUCAGAUCUUAAAUAUCCCAAAUUACGCGUGCGAAAUUCAUGGGACUUGGAAAAUCAGAUGGGGAAACAUAACUUAUCAAGUCUUAACUGUAUGGAGAGUGUCAGAUCUUUCAAUGCGUCUCAAUAUUCGGAUGGACACAGUAUUAGUUCUGAGGAGAACUUGUUCCAACUUCCUGACUUCGAAAAGAACCUUCUCCGCACAAAUCGUUCCCCACGACCUUCAUUUACGGAUUUGGAUGUUGUAGAUAGUGAAUUAAGUCCAAGUCAUAUUGAAGAAGAAAAUGAUGAAAAUUUAGAGGAACAUUGGAAGGAAGUUAGAUGCAUUGAGUCAGAAGACAUAGCUACUAACAAAGUUACACCCUCAACCAUAACAGAUUCAAGCCCAAAUCCAUACAUUCACUCUGUUGCGUCCUCUCCAGGUGCAAAUACGGAUAACUCAGGAUUGACAGUGAUUGACAAUGGAGAAAAUGUGGAUUUAGUUUCCUCUAUGUUAAAGGAAGACAAAGAAUCGAACAACUUCCACCAAGAUUUUGUUGUCAGCUCUCAGGGGAAAACAUCUCCGUGCCUGUCAGAAACGUGUAGUUCUAGAAGCUUAAAGUUGCGUAAAAGUAGAAGCUGUAAAGCGAUCCUCAUGAUGAAUUCAGCUUCAUUAUGGUUUGACAAGGAAGAAAUAAUUGAGAACAAGACCCCAAUUGGGAUUGAAAAUGAAUUCACACCAAGUCCUGGCGGCUUUCAGCAGAAGGUUUAUACUCUCAGCUAUAUUGCCAAUGCUGAGAGGCAGUUAAGGAAUGAUUCUAGGAUCUCAGACGGGAAUGCUUCUGUCGAUGAAGUACUGAAUGUCGAAACCUCCAUUGACAUGGAAAGUGAAGCAAAUAGCGCUUCAUUUCCUGAAAGAAAGGAAGAGGAAGAUCUUUUAAGGGUAAAUCAAUCGAUCGUUCAUAAGGAAAAGGAAGAUGUUGUCUGCGUAAAUCGAUCGAUCGAUCAUAAGGAAAAGGAAGUUCUUGUAAGCAUAAAUCAAUCGACUGGUCAUAAGGAAAAUGAAGAUCUUAAAAGCAUAAAUCAAACAAUCGAUCCUGAGAAGGAAGAUGCUGUAAACGCAAAUCAAUCUAUCGAUCACAAUGUUCCAGAGACGGGAUUAGAGACCCCCAUAUCUGUUAAGAGUUUCAAGGAUGUUGGUUUGGACCCAAUGCAAUGUGAUGGAGAAAGUCCUUCAAACUGGCCUUCAGAAUUUAAGAGGCUCCAAAGAGAGAUCAUUGAGCUCUGGGACGCUUGUAAUGUUUCAUUGGUUCACAGAACUUACUUUUUCCUUCUAUUCAAAGGUGAUUCCUCAGAUUCCAUCUACAUGGAAGUAGAACUGAGGAGGUUGUCCUAUCUCCAGCAAACCCAAAGUGAUCAGACAAUGGAAGAUGGACAAACACUCACACCCACUUCAAGCGUGAGAAAUCUUCGAAGAGAGAGGCAGAUGUUGAGCAGGCAAAUGCAAAGGCGGCUGUCUAAAUCUGAAAGAGAGAACCUAUAUCUGAAGUGGGGCAUCCGUUUGAGUUCAAAAAAUAGGGCCUUGCAGUUGGCUCACCGUUUGUGGACCGACUCAAAAGAUAUGGACCACAUUGCAGACAGUGCCGCCGUUGUUGCUAAGCUGCUUGGUUCUGUGGAGCCUAAACAAGCUUUCAAGGAGAUGUUCGGACUCAACUUUGCCCCUCGUCGUCCUACUCGAAGAUCUCUGGGUUGGACAUUCGGCAUUAAACAUAUCUUGUGAAUACGAUCCUCUUAUUAAUUUCUACGGCUUCAUUUAACAUAGAUAAUUCAUUUCCCCCCUCCCACUUAUGUGCUCUCUUGUUUGUGAAUCUGAUUGCUGGUGAAUGGUGAUUGUAAAGAGUUUUAUAUAGCAUAUCGAGUUUUAAGACCAA